AUGGCUUUAGACGACAUUGGGGUCUUCGAGGCGGCUGGCUUCCAGCGAGAUCAAGUUGGCAUGCUGGCCACAUAUGGUUUCGUUGACUUUCCAGGUGUGCGCACCUUGCUGCGAGGCAUAGCCGAGCGCUUGCGUCCAGGUUGUGUCGACCUUCGGCAGGCUUUGGCCGGAAUGCGCUUCCUGGAUCUGGGUUCUGGUGAUGGCCGUGCAGUCAUUGGUGCCGCUGUUUUGGCACCGACGUUGGUAGAGUCUUCCGGCGUCGAACUCUCUCUAUCCCGCCACGAGCUGGCUGUCCGAAACAGGUGCCGACUCCCUCAAGGGAUCCAAGACAUUGUGCAGUUUCAGCAGAUCGACAUUUUGCAGGUGGAGCCGACGCGACUGGGCGCCACUGAGAUUGUGUGGCUGGCCAAUCUGCGUUUUCCAGAUGAGACAGUGGAAGCUAUCAACAACUACUUGGAAGAGCACUGUGCAAAAGAGGUAGAUGCAGUCGUCGCAACGCUUCGCAAGUGUUCCUUUCGUCGCGAGCAUGAGAGCUGGACGAUGGAGGUCUCCAUGAGUUGGAACCCGGAGGGGUGGCCAGUCUACUGCUACUACUUGCCAUGUGCGACAGGAAAAGUGCAUCUCUGCUGUGUGAGCCGGUCAGAUUGA